AUGUCCCAACGACAAGCAGGAGACUCGACGGACGACAGCUACGAUCUGCGGCGUAGGAGACGUGAACAGGCUCAGGAGCUCGCAGUGCAGGCUGUAGGCUCACAAUCUGACGAGAACACCUCCAGGGCAGACUCGGAAGGAGAGGACAUAGAUCCUCGCGAUGCUCGCGAGCUCCAGCGCAGACGACGUGAACAAGCUCGAGUUCAUGCCAGAGCUCUCGCGCGAGAACAAGCUUGGGAGGAUGUGUAUAUGGCUGAUGCUGAUGGCGAGGAUGAAGAUUAUGAGCAGGGCUCACAAUCGGGCAGUGACGACGACACAUCCGAUGCUAUUCAGGAGAUCAUUAAUAUGGGCCGCCUCUUGUCAGAACGACUUCCCUCGAACGAAACCAAUGCGCUGCUCGAGAACGUGGUCAGGCCACUGGAGGAACUCACGAGCGGACUUGAUACGUCGCGACGUCGAGAGCUGAAUCAACACCUUGGCGAGCGUCUCCAUCGCGAUCUUGAGCCAAGCGCUACCGAUAUUACAGCCAGGAGCUCGGGCAGUAACGCUUCCGACGAGAGCGACGGUAGCUCGGCGCACGAACCGUACACCACGGCAUUCGAUCCGCCGACUGCUGCUCCUGCUACACGGCGUGAUAGCAGUGAUUCGGAGCAGAGCACUGCAGCAAGCGCAGGUAGAUAUGAUCCGGAUAGCGAUUCUGAUACGGGUACGUUUGAUCGCGAGUUGUAUGGUCUGACGAGGGUGAGUCUGAAUCACGAAGGAGCGCAGUGGGUGCUUGAGCAGUAUCCGCACUACGGGAGAUGGGUUGAGGGGCCACGCAAUGCCCCAACCGGGCCCUUUGGCCGCACUACCAACCCUCGAGGCAACGAUAAUGCCUCACGCGAUGGGUCCGCCUCAGACAACGACAAUGCCGCACACGGUGUGGCCGCCUCAGACAACGACAAUACCUCACGCGCUGGGACCUCAUCACCAACUACUGUCCCAUCUCUCCCCGGCGCCUCCCCGCUAGAAGCGCUCCCUCGUCUGGGUGGAGAGUUAGCUCAAGCCAUCCGCAUGGCAGACCACACUCGCCAAAACCCUAACACAACCUUUUCUAGCCAAUCAAGUCUUUCGAUCAUGAUCCCCGAUAUGCCCGACACAGCACGAAGCGCCGUAGGUGCUUUCAUCGACCAGUUCAACAGCCCCCGCAACCGAAACGUCACCCGCUUUCGCUUCAACAACUUCGAGGUCAUGGAAAGGGACAUCGCUACCGCAGGCAUCGAUAUCUUCGACAUCUUGGUGGUGGUGCAAUGCAUGAGGCGAGCCAGAGUUGAAGACGCUCGCCGCACCGAUCCGGAAAUUCGAGCGUUCGAGGCGGAGAUGUCGUUUCCACUGCGGCCAGCCGUGCAAAGGGAGAUCAUUGCUUUGGACCGCCUGGUGCUACUCCAACGCGCAACAAUGGACAGACCGCUGAGGAUUCCGGAGGACAUGCCCAGGGUUCCAGUGAAUUGGAUUUGGUAUAAUGGGGAGCCGCGUGGUGCUGUGGAUGGUAUUGGGGUGAUGAGGGAGGAUGAUGCGGAGGUGGAUGCGUUGUUGGCGCAGUUGGUGGAGGAGGGGAGGGCGGAGAGGGCGGAGAGUUGUCAUGGGUAG